CAUACCAUUUACUGUGGCAAAAAUGUAAUUUUUUUGUAUCUCUUGGGGCAAAACGGGAAGACUACCUUUCUUCUAACUGUUUAUACCAUCGGAAAUCGGAAGCCUAACGCCAUCUCUGCAAAAAAGUAGAACUUUGUAAAUGUAAAAAGGCAUUUUAUUGAACAAUUGAAAUACAUGUUGCUGGUACAAACUUCAGUUCCAACAUCUUUUAGCAGCAGGUAACAAAAUUCACAACAUUGAACCAUGCUAACUCGGGCAUAUAAAACAAACUUUGCUGACCCAUUUGCUCAGAUUUUGCUGCUUAAGCUUGGCAAUCAGUCUUGCAAUUGAACCACUUUCCUAAAAUCAGUCUUGCAAUUCCUAUCUCUUUCUUUUUCAUUGGAACCAACAGUUCUAAGAUCAACACUACAAUUGUUGUUCACCAUUUUAUCCUCUGCAGGAUUCUCAGUUACAUCUUGAAUACUUCCUUUGCUCUGAAGGAGGUGGUGAAGGCAGGGGAAGCAUUGAAUGAGAAGAGAGGAAGAUGAUGGGAAGGAGCAGGUCAAGAAAGGCUACACAUGGUUACUGGAUCAAAAAUUUCAUGGAGGAAGGCAUUGAGUAUGGACAUGAAGCAUUCUUAUCACCCUGGUUUCCAAGAUAUGUUCUUUCUUCACUCACGGAGGAAGUGAUUUAACAAUUAUGUAUCUCGCAUUGCUAUUCGUUUGUCUUCCGGGACAAGAGUCCCUGCAGUUUUUGCAAGCCUCUAAUGCACAACUCAACAUUGUUGAAGGAACGAAAAAUGUCUUCUUCGCUUGAGGCAAUCACUGCUUCAGGGCCAUUGCAAGUACAGCAUUUGUGGGCAUUCUGAGAGGUUUCCUUCUCUAGGACCACGUAUGCCUAAUGCACUUGGAGAGCCUAGAGCUGGAGAUUUCAUAAAAAUCAAUCUGCCUCUAGUUAGAUCAGUGCUUAGAUUGGCAGAUAACUUAAUGUUGAGAAUUUACAUAUUCCCUCGAGUUACGAAGCUUUUGAAACCAAACUACUCAUAGGGUAAUAUCAUUCAGAAGGUUACAUUAAACAUUUUGUGACUGA